AUGGCAGACAUGGACCUGGCCAAGUCGUGCCCGUUCGUGAACGGCGACUGCACGGGAGGUCAGGAAAGCAAGGCCGACGGCGCGUGGGUCCUUCCCAACUUGCCCAGUAAGUGCACGUGGACACCCACGACGCCUGCCAGCAAGUCUCCACACUCCUGUGUGCGCCUGACAGAAGAAAAAAAGAUCUUGCCCAACAUCCUCAAGAAAGUUGGCUGCACCCCGAUGGUCCGAAUCAACAAGAUUGGGAAGUCCUAUGGGCUCAAGUGUGAGCUCUUGGCAAAGUGCGAGUACUUCAACGCGGGGGGCAGCGUGAAGGAUCGCAUCGGCCUCAGGAUGGUGGAAGACGCAGAGAGAGCUGGGAUUAUAAAACCAGGAGACACGCUGAUUGAGCCCACUUCAGGAAACACAGGAAUCGGGCUGGCACUGGUGGCUGCAGUGAAAGGUUACCGCUGCAUCAUCGUCUUGCCAGAGAAUAUGAGCAUGGAGAAGGUCAGUAUUCUGAAGGCCCUGGGUGUCGAAAUUGUGAGGACCCCGUGCACCCGCUUUGAUGCCCCGGAGUCGAACAUUCGCGUUGCCUGGAAGCUGAAAAGUGAAAUCCCAAACUCUCACAUCCUGGACCAGUACAGAAAUCCAAGCAACCCCCUGGCUCAUUAUGACACCACGGCCGAGGAGAUCCUGGAGCAGUGUGAAGGAAAGGUCCACAUGGUGGUGAUUGGGUCUGGCACAGGAGGCACCAUCACUGGCGUCGCCAGGAAGCUGAAGGAGAAGUGCCCGGAGUGCAAGAUCGUCGGUGUAGAUCCCGAAGGCUCCAUCGUUGCUCUGCCCAGUGAGAUGAAUAAGACAAACACCACAACCAUUGAAGUGGAGGGCAUUGGGCACGACUUCAUCCCUACUGUCCUUGACAGAUCAGUGGUUGAUCAGUGGUACAAAAGCAAUGACAGAGAGUCGUUCCUCAUGUCUCGCAGGCUGAUCAGAGAGGAGGGAUUACUGUGUGGAGGCAGCUCGGGCAGUGCCAUGUCCGCCGCCGUGAGGGUUGCCAAGGAUUUGAAGGAAGGUCAGCGCUGCGUUGUUAUCCUGCCCGACUCUGUCAGGAACUACAUGUCCAAAUUCGUGAAUGAUAAGUGGAUGAUAAAACACGGCUUCCUAAAUGACAUCCAGGAGCACAAGCCUUGGUGGUGGAACAUCAAGGUGCAGAAACUGAAUCUCUCGGCCCCUCUCAUUCUCCUCCCAGAAGUCAGCUGUCAAAAGGCAAUUGAGAUCCUCCAGGAGAAGGGAUAUGACCAAGCUCCUGUUGUUGCUGAGUCAGGACUUAUUUUGGGAAUGGUGACCCCCAGCAAAACCCUCACCUCAGUGCUGGCUGGAAACGCGGAGUUCUCAGACCCUGUUACGAAGGUCAUCUACGACCAGUUCUCAAAGAUUGGCCUGGAGGACAGCCUUGGGAAGCUUUCCUGCAUACUGGAGAAUGACCAUUUUGCUAUCGUUGUACACGAGCAAAUGCAGUUCGAUGGAAAUGGCAGCUCCUUCAUGAAGCAGAUGGUGUUUGGUGUGGUCACAGCAAUGGACCUCCUCACCUUCGUCAGCAGAAACGACAAGAAGUAGCAGAGCAGCUUGGCUGCCCCCACGUCCUCCAGCAGGGCCAGGUGUGCCCCCCAAGCCCAAAAUGCCCAGCCGAGGGCACCUUCUGCUCUAAUCCAGUGACAGUUUCUCAAAAUUACUCAGGUGAAAAUCGUAAUGUAUCAAUAUUUGUCUGCCAAACGCCACCUGGAGUGGCACUAAAGUGAAGAUAACUAAAGAAAUUGCAUUUAAUAGCCCUGUGUGGUUACACAGAGCGGGGCUGAAUGGGUAACGUGGUGGGGUGGGGAUGGACAGGGGAAGUUUGUUACUGCCCAGAUUUUAGCAGAUGGGGGUUUGGUGUGUUUGCCAGCUGUAGGUACCUGUGCACUGCCAAUGUUUGCAGCUGCUGCUGAUUGUCCUGGGGAAGGCAAGUUUGAUCUUAAUUUUGCUGUCAGGCUUAUUGUGUCCUGGUAACUGAUAAUAAAGGCCAGAAGAGCCAUUUGCCAUGGCUGCCAAAAACAUAAAUGAGAACAAAUGUGAAAAGAAAGCUGUGGGACCAAACUGAAGUGCCAUUGAAACCUGGUUUGGGGGAGUUGCUCUCAAAAGACCCAAAGACCUUUUCGCAAUCUUUCUAUGAGUCUCAAGAGCUGCUCCAAGGUAGCAACAACUAAUUUUAAUUUUGGCUUGCUGCUAAGUGGCUAGUCCAUAUUCUCAAACUAAUCUACUUUGUAAGAGGCUCUUAUUAACUUAUAGAAUGCUGAAGUAUUUAUAUUUAGGAAAAUGUCUCUGCUGUCUAUUGUUUCCUGUGUGACACAAGCCCUUAUCAGAUCUUCUGCAAGUUUUUACUGGAGCA